AUGGAUAAAUCUUCGGACGAUUUACCAAUAUUAACUGUAAAUUCGUCAACUACAAGUGCGGGCGUACUAAUACUCGAGACUAAUGCUACAUAUCCCGAUGAUUUGCUUCCGCCCCUGCAAAGAGGACCUGGAACGCCCACAUUCCCUUCAACUUCUACUAAAAAUCUGCAUAUACCUGGUUCAUACAUUUUUAACAAAGAAUGUACUGCAGACGACCCGGCACGUGGCGUCAUACGGAAAUAUGAUGAAUAUAAAAACGAGACACUUACAUACACACGACAAAAAGCAUGCCGUUGUACGCAUACUUCAAAACCUCGUGGAGUAAAACGUAAAUUUGCUUCUGAUCAUUCAGAGCAACCAAGAAAACGAUUCAAAGCGGCACCACUGGAAGUUAAAAUCGUGCAAUCUGAAACUGAAACUAAGCCUUCAGUCUCCAGCAUCACUUCUAGCGAUGAACGCAAUAACGUUCCGAACAAUGACAGUUCUGUCAUUUUUUAUGACUCUGCAGAGUCUAGAGACAUUUUACAUUCGCAGCCUGUAGAAGGCGUUUCAAAAGAUAUACCAGACGAGGAGUCACGUGACGCACAAAGCGAGCAAUCUGACGACGAGAUUUCAUGUCCCAGAUCUUGUGUAUGUAACAUCGGUCACAGCAGGAUGCCCGAGCCGAUUGAACGCGAUCUUCCAACAGCAAUACCCUUAUACCGAUGCUUGCUUAUUCGCCGUUUAUACAGCCUGUCCAACAUGAAAUACACGUGCUGUCAGUCUCGAUGUGUAAGAAGGUACCCACGAGAAAGCGCCAUGCGUGUCAGUUUGCGUCAUAUGACCGAGGAUUAUUAUGAUUCAGAUCUACGCGUCACCAGAUACUCGUGGGGUGAGUGGAAGGAGUGACUUUGAAAUGAUUUGUUUUAUGUCGACAACUGAUAUUUUUGAUUAUUUUGGAUUGCUUAUUUUAAAGAAAAGAUAGCAUAUAUUAUGAAUCAAAUGCUGAUCUACGUGUCACCAGAUACUCUCGGGGUGAGUGGAAAGAUUGACAAGAAGUUCAUUAAUUUAAGUCGACAAUUGAUAUUUUUGAUUAUUUUGGAUGGCUUAUUUUAAAGAAAAGCAUAUCGACAAGUUAAAAAUUAAACGAAAAGAAAAUGAUGUUUUCACCAGUAUGUUUAGCUCACCUGCUCAAGGUGAGCUAAUGUGACCGGAUUUCGUCGUGCGUCGUGCGUCGUGCGUCAUUCGUCGUGCGUCAACAUUUGCCUUGUUAACAUUCUAGAGGUCAUAGUUGUGAUCCAAUCUUUAUGAAACUUAGUCAGAAUGUUUAUAUGUAAGUUUUUAAACUGGGUUAUGUUGGGUAAAAGCUAGGUCAGUAGGUAACUAAUCUAAUAGAUAAAUGGACUUUUUAGCACUCCAGAAUCCACAGUUUAUGCUUGAAUCUCCUGAGAUUUGGUCAGAA